UGCAGUUAAAACUUUAAAGUGACUAACAUGCAAAGUUGCAAACGAUGUCUUUAUUGGUCUUCGUUUUCUCUUUGAACAUUGUCAAUUUGCAGCGCUUCUAAAAUUUACAGUGAAAAAGAAGAAGUUUUUGAGGUCAUUCCAUUAGAUAUUUGCCCAAAAAUCCAUCCUUGACUGAAAAGUCACGCAGCAUUGACAGAUUGAUUCAGCCAUAGCCAGAAAUCUGGAUUCCCGGAACCCAUUUACCCCAAAUUGCUCUUCAGUAAUACCCUGUUCUUCCCCUUCUCUAUUUUCUAUUUUUCGUUCCCCAAGUCAUCAUAUUAUUUUUCAUUUAUCUUUGGAAUUCUUCCAUUGCCGUCAUCCCAGAUAGAGGCUCGCACAUCAGGAAUCUGGAACCGUAUGCAACAUCUGGGAACUGAAAAGGGUCACGUUGGUGGUCUGUGCGUAAAGAAAUAGUUCAGAACCAAUGAAUUAGAGUCACCACAAGAGAAACAAGGCCCUGCGGUUAUGGAGGGAACAGGGUACGGAGGUACUGUUCCUGAACCUAGGAGAAGUAAAUCCAGUAGCCCCAAUUCUUCUUCACGUGUAUCUGGUGCUCAGCCUUCUCAAAUCGAUGAUGAACUUGGAGAUGAGAGUGUGUCUGAGGUGGGAGAUAUAGGGGAUCGAGCUCUUCACAGCAACAGGAGCAGUUCCAGUCAGACCUUCAGCUACUUAAAUGUGGAUGUUGUACUGCCGUCCUAUGGAUUUGGGUGUCGUGAUCAUACUGCAUCCCGUGUUACUCCAACUGUGCCUUUGCCAGAGGAAGUCAUAUCUCUUUCCGUUGAUGUGGUGCGCAACGAAGAUAAAAAACAAGAAAAUACAAAUAAGUUGCCGAAGUGGUUGGAUUAUGGUUCAUCUAUGACACAUUUAGCCUUCUUUGGUAUUCUUGGGGUCUUGACGAGGAAUCUACUGCAAAAAUUAUUUGGCCCUGGAGUUGCUGGUGUGACAAGUGACCAAACAAUUCUUUACCUCGACCUUCCUUCUAAUAUGGUUGGUUCUUUCUUGAUGGGAUGGUGGGGCAUUGUUUUCAAAGCAGAUAUAGCCUAUGUGUCAGAUUUUUUGGCUAUUGGAUUGUCAACUGGUUAUCUCGGAAGCCUUACUACUUUCAGUGGUUGGAACCAGAAAAUGCUUGAACUCAGUGUUCAGGGCCAUUGGCUUUUUGCUCUGCUUGGAUUUGUAAUAGGUUUAUUUCUUGCGGCAUACUCUAUUAUCUUUGGGAUAGAGACAGCUAAGGGUUUCAGGCACCUUCUAAAAAGGUGUUCAGGGUCUGAUACUACUAGCUCCAGAAAGACCUUUAGGGUUGGCAGUUACAAACGUCACGUGGCAGUUUGGGCAGUGUUGUUGGUGAUGCUAGGUUGCCUUUGGAGUGUGAGUGGAAUCUUGAUGGAGGAGGAGUUCAGGAAUGACAGCAGUGAGACACAUCUAUGGUUGGCCUGCAUUGUUGGACCUGUAGGUGUGUGGAUCAGGUGGUUCUUGGCUCGACUCAAUGGACGUGGAUUAGGAAAGACACAGUUGUUGAAAUGGGUUCCAUUUGGUACUCUGAUUGCAAAUGUAUCAGCAGCUUGUAUCAUGGCAGCCCUUGCGACUGUGAAGAAAGAGGUUAAUACCAAGACUUGCGACAUCAUUGCAAAUGGAGUGCAAUUCGGUUUCUUGGGUUGCCUGAGUACUGUUUCUACCUUCAUUUCUGAAUUUGAUGCAAUGAGAGAAAGUAAACAACCCUGGAAAGCUUAUGCGUACGCCAUGGUUACAGUAUGUGCCUCCUUCUUUUUGGGGACCCUAAUAUUUUCAUUACCAGUUUGGACAAAGGCAUACAGAUAGAACAUGUUCAUGUUGCUUGGCCAGCCUCCUCGUCUUAUUCCAUACAUGCACAAAACACCUCACACCCUGGUGCCUUUCGAACUCGCCACAAUUGUGAUGAUAAUUUCACCCGAUCACCAACAGAUAUUGGAUAAACGACAGCUAAAUUUUGUACCAUUGUAGUUCGGAGAAAUUGUAAUCAAUAAUCUUCUGCAAUAUAAGUACGUCUGUAACAUUUCUUCCGAGAUUACUGUAAAUUUUCAAUUCAAGGCAAACAAAG